AUGGUCUCGGGUUGUCUCCAGCACAUUGUCCUGGUGCUUUUGUUUUCAUCUGGAAUCGUAAGUCUGGACUGCAAUGAUAUUGUGAAAUCCCAGCAAGGUGCAAUUGCGGACAUCAGAAAGCUUCUGGAAGCAGUGGGAACACAAGUGAUUUCUUGGGAAUGCUUCCAUAAAAUUCCAGACUUUGACUUCCCAGUGGGAAAAGAUAUUGGGUCCAUUAAAGAGGAUACAAGAGCAACCAUUGGCCUGAUGCUGGAGCAGAUCUGUAUAAUAUUUUGGCAUAACUUCACUAAAGCUGAAUGGAACAUGACAGUUGUUGAACUUUUCCAAAUAGCUCUGGAUCAGCACAUUGUACAGUGGGAGACGUGCUCUGUUACAGAGACUGGAGAAAAAAUAAAAUUUAAAGAUAUCCGUACAAAACUAAAAUUGAAGAAAUACUUUUUAAGGUUACACAGGUUCCUAAAGGAUAAGGAAUACAGCCCUUGUGCCUGGGACACUGUACGACAGGAAAUUUUGGGCAUCAGUUUUGUAUUCCUUGACCAACUUUUGAGAACUCUUCAAAGCUAA